CCUCGCUCUCUUCUCUUUCUCUCUAAUUAGUAACUGAAAUCCCCGACAAGCCCUUCCUCCUCGCUGCCCUGUGCUGUGUGCUCUCCACACGUCUUUCUUCUCUCUUUGGCUCUUGGAUUUUCCGGCGCCUCUACGCCGCCCCCAGAAGAUCUUCAAGGCAAGAUUUUCCGAGAAGCGAAGGAUGGAUUUUUUUGUCAAGGGAGUUAAUGAUGAUGCUGAUUGUCCUUUUGAUGAGAAGGCCAUACAAAGAUGCCCAUUUUUGAGGAACAUCAACAAGCCUACAUGCUUUUCCUUCUCAUCCAUGAGUUUCUCUGCCCCUGUUCGUGGAGCCAAAGGUCCUAUAUUUGAGGAUGGUCCGAAUUUUGACACGGCUUUUAAGCUCUUUCAUGGGAAGGAUGGGGUCGUUCCACUUGCAGAGCGUCCUCAAUUCCAUACUAGCAAGCUUGAUCCUGAGCCUGUUCCCCAAUUUAACCCCCUAGCAUCAAAAGCUGCAACUAUCAGUUUAUCUGCAUUUGGACCAGGAGGGCCGUUCAGCUUUGGCCCCUUUUCGGACAAAUGGAAAAAGCAGAAGAAGAAGUCAGGAUCAUCAUCUGACAAGAGAGAAACAUCUUCUGAGAAUGGAAAGUCGUCAAAUCAUGAGGCCCUAGGAAAUGAGUGGUUGCAGACAGGGAAUUGCCCAAUUGCCAAGUCAUACAGGGCUGUCAGCGGUGUCCUCCCUCUGGUUGCAAAGGCCCUUCAACCGCCCACUGGGAUGAAGCUCAGGUGCCCACCAGCAGUAGUAGCUGCCCGGGCUGCCCUGGCCCGAACAGCAUUUGUGAAGACCUUACGCCCUCAGCCCUUACCUUCGAAGAUGCUCGUGAUUGCACUUUUAGGAAUGGCUGCUAAUGUUCCUUUAGGCGUGUGGAGAGAACACACCCGGAAGUUCUCCUUGUCGUGGUUUGCAGCAGUUCAUGCAGCUGUUCCCUUCAUUGCGAUGCUCCGGAAAUCGGUUGUGAUGCCCAAGACAGCCAUGGCUUUGACAAUAGGAGCCUCGAUCUUGGGCCAAAUGAUCGGGUCCAGGGCCGAGCGGCUUCGGCUCAAAGCAUCCAAGGAGAGGGCGCUGGUGCAAACACUAGUUGCUGCGGAUGGGACCUCGCGAUGUGGGCCUGGACAGGCUGAUGUUAGAGGGAGUCAAUUUGCAGCAGAAGGAAUAGCAAGGAGUUCAUUCCAGGUCGAAGCCGGUGGUCCUGCUCCAUCUUCCAGUUUAUGCUGUUAAGAGUAUAGAGGAAGCGAAAUUUGGCCUUGGCCUCGGUCUUUAUAUGUUCGAAUAAAUAAUUGCAGGAUUCAACGAUCUUGAAUCGUGUUUGAUUCAAUUAAGCAUUAAGGUUCUAUCAGUAUAAAAUUAUCUUGUUUCGCCUAGUGAUAAGUUGCAUUUCGUUCAUACUAUUUCAGAGAGAGGUUUGUCUUUUUAACUGUCCCACUAGAACCUUGUCCAAUCUCUGCGUUAAAGCUAUAGUGUCCAAGCGAAAAACUAUUAUUUUCGGAUCUACCUUCUUGUCAUAAGUGCAAGUAUUAUAUGUAAUAACUCUCCAGCAAGCAAA